GGCGCCGGGGGUGUGAUGAACAGUGACUGGCAGACCGGCGUGUUUGACUGCUGCGACGACCUGGGGAUUUGUAAGUAAUCACUCUCCUCCCCGACUCCCAGAAUGCAGGCUCCUGACCUAAUAAAACCUGUCGGCCUCUCCUGUCACCGAGCUCCCACUCUGUGGCCAACUCGGAGUCACAAGUUGCAAGCCCAUGGGUGGGUUUAGCCACCAGAUGGGUUUUGUUUGUCCUGUACAUGAUGAACUUGCUUCAUGUGGUAAUUUAAAAAUACCAGGGAACGCCUCAAAAUCAGAUUUCACGCAUACAGAAAGGUCUGGCUUUCCAAUCUAGGUUUCCAACUUCUCUCAAAAAUUGGAAAAUUUGGCAAGGUGAGCCUUCAUCACACAGGGCAGAGUUCAGCUGCUUCUUAACAUGAGCCAAUCCCAUUAAAAGAGAGUCUCACUCUAUAGUUGGCCGUAUUUGCUCAUGCCCGCUAUUGGCUAUUUUGUGGGGUUUUUCCAGUCUAUUCCACUCACUUUACCUGCAUGACCUUGAGUCAGUGACCCUUGUCGAGAUCCUUCGCCGUCUGCCAUUUUUCAGCUCCUUGGGCUCACCGCCCUCUGGACGCGUUGCUCCGUCUUCUGCUUCCCUCUUGCUCUCUGACGAGGCUGCUCCGUGCGCUCUGGCUCUCAAGGCCGACUCCUGUCACUGCCUCACUCAGAAAGCACCACAGGCUUUUAGCUUUCCUGACUUCUACUUCUUUCCCACCACAAAGCACACUUUGGAGUGAGAAGACUUUUUCCGGAGCCAUCGGGUUGCAGACGUUCUCUGUGGGGCUCCUCCUGACCUCAGGCGUGAGGAACAGCCUCCUUUUUCCGGGGGUGAUGGAAGUUCCCAGAUCUUUGGCCUUUUGCUUAAAAACAGUCAUCAAAGAACUGCUGACUCUCUCAUCGUAUCUAGGGUACCGCACACCACAACUCCACCCCGGCGCUUUUCAAAAAUAGACUUUCACUCAAAGCAUAUCUGAGAACAGUUUCCUGUUUGUUGUCACUUUCUCGAGCCCUUUCUGGGCCUUGCAGGGCGUCUCUAAAGCGGAGCCGCACUCAAGUCUGUAAACGGCCGAGAGCAAAAUCCCGUCCGUUCUGGGCACGUCCGUCCUCCUAACAGUGAUGGGGUCCUUUUGCCCGAACGACCUUCUAGAAUCUGUUUUGGCUCAUUGUCCCUAAUGAUUUGUUCACUCGGUGUUUUGACACUCAACACACCCCCCAUGGCUUUAGAGGGCUUCUCAGACAUCCUGACGCCACAGAUUUCCGCCCCAGGCGGGACCCUAUGUCACAGGGCAGGGCAGAAGGAUCAUGCGGAGGAGCUUCUGCAGUUAAAUCAGACCCGGUACAGUGACUCACGAGUCACCCCCAGUUGCUGGACGGAGGGCCCCAGAAGCCAGGCAGAAAAAGCCAGACGACAAACACUGCUUUCUCCGGGGCCCAUUAGAGCCGUCUCUGGAGCCAGCAUCUUUCGGAAAGACGUGAUUUCGUUGCCAGCGAGACGACUCUCACUAACUCCUCUUUGUGGCUUCCCCUUGCACGCAGGCCUCUGCGGCACUUUCUGCCCCCUGUGCCUCUCGUGUCAGAUCGCCUCCGACAUGGACGAGUGCUGCCUGUGCGGGGCCAGCGUGGCUAUGAGGACCUUGUACAGGACGCGCUACGGCAUCCCGACCUCUAUUUUAACAUAGUUUCAAACUUGAAGAGAAGCCGCAGAAGUCAUAAAUGGGAAAAAAAGGAGAAACGAUACUAGGGCUUCCUGAGCACCCCCACCCCACGCCCCGAAUCCUGAAACCCUGCCUCUUCCUUUCAUUUCCCGCCUCCACCUCUUUGUCUAGUCUCUGUUUGGGAACAUCGAUAGGAAACAACAGACUUGACGUCCUAUAGCAUCUCUACGGCACCACGCAUUUCUUCAUUUCUGUAACCAUAAUGCAAUGAUCGAAAUCAGGAAUUUAACACGGAUAUGGUACUAUUCGCUAAUUUGUGGGUCUUAUUUAAACUUUACCAAUUAACCCAACAACAUUCUGUGGAUGAGAAGAAAACCACAAGUUCUGUUCGAUUGUCAUUCCUCUUUAGUCUACUACAAUAGGGAAUAGUUUCUCAGUCUUUCCUUGCCUUUCCCCCGCCCCAAGUAUAGACCAUUUAUUUUGCAGACUGUCCCUCCGUUUGGUGUGUCAAAUAUGUCCUCGUGGAUAUAUUUAGGGUUUACGCUUUGACAGAACCUCCACAGAACUGAUGUAAUAGUCACUGUGCUUCCUAUCAAGAUGCACACGCCAUCACUGUAUCCCAUUAUGGUUGUUUCCUUUGAUUACUUAGUUAAGGGAGUGUCCGCCGUAAGGUUCUCCACCUUCUGGUGAAGUUCUCCACCGAAGGUUGCCAUUUUCCCCUUCGUAACGAGUAAGGACCUGGUAGAGAGACGUGAGCACCCUGUUCCUCAUAGUCCUUCAGUCACUGGGACUAACGUCCACUGAAGCUUCUCGCCUGAAUCAGUGAUUACUAUGAUGGCUGUUCACGGCAGAGCUCGUGCUCUAUUGGGAGAAGAUUGCUACACUGUGACUCAGUAAAAACCUUAUAGGAUGCUAAUAAGUGGCACAGAAAAAAAUAAAACAAAGAAGAGGAAUAAAGAAUGUUGAAGCA